GACGUGUCGUUCUUAAACUCAAAAUAUAAUUUGUUCACCAUAUCUUUAAGGAUUAGGUUUUUCUGUAUGAUCAAUCACAAAAAUGCGAGCUCUUGAAGAAAUUUCGAAAGUCCCAAUUUCUGCAAUUACUCAAUUACAAAACCUUAAUUCCAAUUCUUCUUCAACCCUGGAGCACGCUCCGGUUCUUUCCCCUCAACUCUUUAAUUGGUUAUUUGAGUGUCAUGGAUUCUUACAUAACGUCUUUUUGAUCGUAUCUUCGCUUCUAUUUGUACUCUUCUUGGCGUUCCAAUGCAAAAAGAGCUUCUCUAAACUUUCCAAUGGACGAUCCUCUAUCAUGAUUGCUUAUUAUGGCUGUCUUUGGCUUGUUAGCUUGCUCAAUCUUGCUUGGUGUUGCUUUCAGGCAUGGGAGUGCUCUCCCGGGAAGGAAAUUCCAUGGAAUAUCUUAUCUUUGUUUACAACAUCUGGAAUGCUGUUUUUGGAAAUAAGCUUGCUGGCCUUUUUAUUCCAAGGGAAUUAUGCCAGUGGAUCAGAAGCCUUAACACGGACAUUUGUUGUCUCAGGACUCAUUUUAGGGUUGGAUAUACUUCUCAAGGCAAUUUACCUUUUUGGAUUUGGGGUCCCUCUGUUCAUUGACAGCUAUGAUCAUCCACACCAUUUGAAAUGGGGUUUGUGGGUUGUCCAUAGGCUAGUACUUACUGCAGUGUAUGGCCUCAUAUUGUUCAUGUACCACUCUAAAUGGAGAGAGAGAUUACCUGCAAGGCCCGCAUUCUACAAAUAUAUAAUGAUCAUGUUUACCUUGAAUGCAUUGUCACUGUUUUCUUGUGGGCUUCUUGGUAAUGGAGCUAGCUUUGGAUUCUGGUUGUAUGGUGCCACAAUUGUUUGUUACCAUGCCUUCUAUCUUCCUCUUAUCUAUAUAACAUUCCUGGCAGACUUUUUCCAGGAGGAAGAUCUGCAUAUGGAGAAUUUAUAUUACUCGGAGAUGAAAGAUGCUGGAUUUUUUGAUGCUGACUGGGAAUGAUGCAGAAGUAAGUAUUGAGUCAUGUGACGAUCAGGUUUAGAGGCGAAAUAAAAGCUUGGACUGAAAAAAUAUUUGAUUUAUGUCGGAUGUACUUCUGUUUGCUUUUGGCAAUUACAAGCCUCAUAAGUGUCAUAAUGUAGAUUAGGUCUUGGAUGUCCUUCCUCUCUCUCUCUCUCUCACUCUCUCUCUCUUUAUAUGUAUAUAUAAUGUGCCUUUGUUAGUAUUGAUUUUCACGGUGAGCCUAUGUUCAAGAGGAUACUGAUUUUUUGCA